GGCGUCUGUUGUGUCGGAGCUGACGGCUGCGCCAUGAGCUGGGCGGCCGCCUUUCUGCUUUGCCUCGUCACUGGCCAGGCGCUGUCGGCGCCGGCGGGUCCGCUGUACGGCCUGAUACAGCGGCUGGUCCGCAACAACCUGGCAGGGGCGCCCGAGAACUUCCGCACGCAGCAGUGGGACUUCGACCCCGAGGUCUCCGACCGACGCAGGACGGAGUUCGAGGCCCGCCACGGCAGGAUGGGCGAGCGGCUCGUGCAGCGGUUUGGCCUCGGCGAAGACGGCUUUCCAGAGCUCCGCCUGCAGCAGCAGCUGGCGAGGGACGCAGCGCUGGUCGCCCCCUCCACCCCCGCCGCCUCCGCCGCCCACGCGGCACCACUUCAUGACAACUCGGUGUACGGCUGACGUCAGAGGGCCGUGCAGCAGCCAUCCCCGGUGCCACUGCCUCGAUAUACUCCAUUGUCAGCAGCUUCCACCUCUCCAGGCGGUCGUGGCGCUGUGUAAAGCAGUGGUGCAAGUGAAACUAUGACGUUCCGUAACUCCUCAUCUUCUGCACGGGCUAAUUUUACAAAGGAAACCAGAUUUCCAGCCAUAUGGCCAUGACGUGCAUUCCGCUAUUAAAAAAGUGUUAUAAAAUUCCACAUUUCCCGCUUCAUGCCACAGCAUCGAUCCUCGCCGUCGCAUUGUCUUACAACAUUUUAUAUCCUAGAACCUCGACCACACAGUCCGCUGUCCCACCUCUUAAACACGAACAUUGCAUCCAUACCUUAAAAUCUUAACACUCUCAUUCCUUGCACAUCCUUUUCUAUAGCAUCUUCACCGCCCUCCCACCUACCAACAGUAUCACCAGCCGAAAAUGAAUCUUUCAUAAAAUUUCUCCCACUCCAUUACGCCGUCUGGUACAGCAGCCGUUUGUAGAAUAUUUGAAUAAAAUCAGUGCCGCAUGCAA